AUGAUAUAUGCAAUGGAGUAUAAUAACAAUUUCAAUCUACUCACAUCACAGUUGUCAAAUCAAUUACAACAACUACAACAACAGAAUCAGCAACAACAGCAACAACAGCUACAGCAACAGACAUUACCUCAACAAACAAUAUAUAAUGGAGCGCAACAACAACCACAACAACAACAGUACAUAUAUAAUUCACCGACAUUACCUCCACAGCCAAUGCCACAAUCACAGCAACCCCAACAACAACAACAACAGAACUAUAACAAUGUACCUCCACCAACAUUAAUGGUCAAUAACUCAUUUGCAUCACAUUCAUCAUCAUUGUUUGGGGAUCAAUCCAAUGCAUCAAAUAAUGAACCGACAAAGAGACUGAAAAAGGCGGCCAAGUCAUCAAAGACUACAGCCGCAGCGGCACCAUUGUCCACUUCACUGUUGUCGUCAUCAUCACAUCUGUUUGGUGCACCUCCCAGCAGUGCGACAUCUGUUGCCUCACCAUCACAUGCACCCGCCACGCAAUACAUGUCACCGCCGACGACGACAAUGAUGCAGCAUGUACACAACAAUCAAAUGCAAUUGGUGGUGCAGGACUCGUCGUCGCCGCUGUCGCCACCAGUGAACGUGCCACUCUCGCCAUCGCAACCAACUACGCCAGGUCGUACAUUCGACCUCUUUGACUUUGGAAACACCUCAAGCAUCCCCUCGUCUCCCAACAACUCUCCUCCUACAAAUCUCACCGACCAUCCAUCAUUCGCCAGUGGCAGCCAAUAUCUCCUGCCACAACAUCAUCAUCAACAACAACCACAACAACAGCACUCCCAUCAACCAACACCAUCAACAGCCGACUCGAUCAGCGGCAACCUGAACAGCAUAUAUAACGAACUAAUAAGCUUCACAAACAACAAUAAUAACAACAGUAACAUCAACGCACAUUCACUUGGAGACAGUCUCAGUGGCAGUUUCAAUCAUUUACAAUCAUCGCUAAACAUGGACCUGUCAUCCACGCUCCAUCACUCGUCAUUACUCCUUCCACAAUCAACAUCAACGCCAACACCAACCCAAACGCCAUCGCUGGUCGUGCCCGCGCAGCCAGCCAACAUCUUUGUCACACCGCCCAUGAACUCAGUUGCCGCGUCAACCUCGUCGCCCGUGUUCCAGGCACUCAGCAUCAACACCAUAAGCAACAGCAGCAGUGGUAGUCCAUUCCCUAUGCAUGACGUGGCACAAUGUUCACAGCUCUGGACAUCACAAUACCAGCAGUUCACGAACAAGUCUCCGUCCUCCCCGCUAGUCGCCUCGAUCAUGGCGCCAAUGAUGUGCAAGGAUAGUUAUCUAGGCGUCUACACCGUGGACCUCACUUGCAGCGAUCACAACCUGCUUCUAAGACUCAGAGUGCCCAGCCCGGCAACCCUGCGCGUUGUCAAGAGCUCCGAGUCGCCAUCGGCCAUGGUCAGACUGUUUGCGCACGUUGAGUCGUCCAACGAGUCAUUAUUGGCUACACUCCCUCAGACGCUGUCAUGGUGGAUGUCAUUGCUGAUGGAGAACAACUACAUUCAGAUGGAGUGCACCAUUGUUGGCUCCAACAUCAAGGCUGGUCAACUCGAGCUAGAGAUGCGAUUCUACAAUGGAGUGCGAAAGGAGUAUGUCAUGUCACGCGAGCACAUCCUGGCCAAGGCUUGGCUACAACUUGGACUCGAAUUGAACAUUGCCACAGCACCCAACAACAACGUAUAUCAGCCAUCCAUGCUAUCGCCACAACAGGCACCACUCAACUACCACAACUUCUCGUCAUCAUCAAACUCCUCACUGGCGGGACUCUCUCCCAACACAUCACUCUCCUCUGUCAUCACCCCGCUCUCUCUUUACUCGCCCUCAUCCUCAUUCGCCUCAUUGCCCACGUCCACAUCGGCAUUGUUUAGCAGUGGCAGCGAGUUGCAACUGUCGCAACAAAGCCUGGGCGGCUCCAACUCCAGUCUCAAUGUCAGCUUGGACUUCUUGUCGAGCUCACGCAACCUUACACCAUCAGGCGCACUGCGUGGCAGCAGUGAUGUAUUGGGCAAGUCAAUGGAGACCAUAUUCAAACAGAGGAUUGAGGACUUUUACACCAAUCACUCCUUGGACGAGAUGGACAGUCCCACAGGCCUGAAGCUAACGUUGCGAAACUAUCAGAGACAGGCAUUGCAGUGGAUGUACAAUCGUGAGAAGGCCAGUCCUGACGAGCAUCUCUCAAUCAAUGACCUGGACGGCUGCAUGACCAACGAGAACAUUGAGUUUGUCAAAGGUGGCCUACUCUGCGAUGAUAUGGGCAUGGGCAAAACCAUCGAGAUUCUCUCAAUCAUACUGGCCAACAAGUACAACGAGGCUGACUACCCUAUCGGUCCCUCAACCAGUCCAACUCAAGGCACAUCAACCAGCACCAGCAACAACAAUGACUUCCCUCAAUCAAAGACCACACUGAUCAUCUGUCCAGUGUCUGUGUUGCAACAAUGGUACAACGAGAUCACGACACACACUGACCCAUGUCUGAACGUGUACAUCUACCAUGGUCCAGGCCGCAACCGUGACGUCACAUUCCUGUCGUCGUUCGACGUGGUCAUCUCGACCUACACGACACUGUCGGCCGAAUAUCCCGACGAGAAGGACGACGACUCUGAGCUCUCCCAAAAGAGCGCAUCGAGCAACAUGUUUGCCAGCAGUGGCUUCUCGCCACUUAUCACUGUCCAGCCUGCGGGCGUCUCCCCCAACACCAUCGUGGCAAAGAAGCGCAAGCGUGGCUCCAAGAAGUACGAUAAUGGCGGUCUUCUUGCCGUGCGUUGGUUCCGUGUGGUGCUGGACGAGGCGCAUACGAUCAAAGAGCGUCUGACACGCACGACCAAGGCCGCCUGUGCGCUCGACUCCAAGAUCAGAUGGUGCGUCACUGGUACGCCCAUCCAGAACAAGCUGGACGACCUCUUCUCUCUGCUGCACUUCCUGCGCGUCGAGCCCUACUCCAACUUCUACUGGUGGAACCAAUAUAUUAUGAAGCCCAGCAAGAACAGAGAUGAGAAGGGCUUCUCGCGACUCAGGAUCCUAUUGUCAAAGAUCUUGCUACGUCGUGUCAAGGACCAGAAGCUGAACAACACGCCUAUAUUGGACCUGCCAGACAAGAUGAUCACUGUGCGCCACGACAGCUUCAGCGAGGAGGAGCAGGAAAUCUACCAGGAGCUGUGGAACGCCUCCAAGCGCAAGUUCAUCAGCUUCUUCCAGAGUGGCACGCUGCUGCGUAACUACGCCCACAUCCUGGAGCUGCUGCUUCGACUGCGCCAGGUCUGCGACCAUCCCUUCCUGGUGAGGAACAUCCUAAAGGACAAGCUGUUCUCGUUGAUCGAACAGGACGUGUCGGAGGAGCUCAACAAACUCCUCGAGUCCAUCAAGGCCAACGAGGAGAUGACGCCACUCGAGUUGGGCAAGCGCUUAAAGAAGAUCCUUGGACGUGAGAUUGAGGACCAAGAGUGCAUCAUUUGCAUGGAGACACUGGAGACACCCUACCUCACCACCUGUGGCCAUCUGUUUUGUAAAGACUGUAUAUUCAAGUACAUUUCACCAGAGGAUGACCGUCAUCCCCACCAUCAACACCAGCAGAUGGAGUGCUCCGAUGAUCAAACCAACGCCACGUCUUCGCCAACCUUCUCAAUGCCCGCCGCUCCACUUCCCAAGGCCAUUGGACUGAACCAAUCAAUGAGUGGCCUGCCACACUACGACUCACCAACUCAGAAGCAGAACCAUCUCAGCGCCUCGUCCAACUGCAUCGGUGUCCUGGAUGAGGGUGGCCAGACCACAUCCACCUCCAGCACAUCCACCACAUCCAACGACAAUACCUCCCCACCCCACUCGCCAGUCUUCUUGGAGCCUGCACCCAAGGUGAUCACAUCCAAGUGUCCAACGUGCAAGAACCAGUUCCAACACAGCCUGCUCAAGCCUGUCUGCUUUGAGAGGUCAACCACCGAUCAGGCCAGUCAGCAACUGCAACAGAACAAGCUGACCGCCGACAAUUGGAAGAGCAGUACCAAGAUCGAUGCGCUACUGCAAGAGUUGGACAAGGUCAUCACCAACGACCCCGAGUCCAAAUCAUUGAUCUUCUCGCAGUGGACCUCAAUGCUGGACCUCAUCGAGAUACCGUUACAGAUGCGUGGAAUCACAUUCGUUCGACUCGAUGGCAAAGUGCCACAGAAGCAGCGAGAGAUAGCCAUCAAGCGAUUCAAGGAGGAUGCCUCUGUCAAGGUGUUCCUCAUCUCGAUGAAGGCUGGUGGUCUUGGUCUCAACCUGGUCGUUGCCUCACAUGUAUUCCUUCUCGAUCCAUGGUGGAAUCCUGCCACUGAGGAGCAAGCCAUCGACAGAGUCUAUCGUAUUGGACAGAACAAGAAUGUCUACGUAACUAGAUUCGUUAUUAAGGACUCUAUUGAGGAGAGGAUACUCAAACUACAACAGAACAAGAAGAACUUGGCCCAAGACACAUUGCAGAUGAAGAAACAGAUCAGAAUAGAGGAGUUGAGGAUGCUCUUUGGAGAUGAUUGA